AUGGCGGGAAAGCAUCGUGGGUUGUGGCUAUGGAUGUUUGGGCUGCUGCUUCUAUCUGGCUGUGUCGACAUGGAGUCAGGUGAUGGACCUGAGGAUUCUUCUGAAGACAUGCAGCUCCUGUUAAAACAUCACGGAGCUAUGACUCGCAGGAAAAGGAAUCUCAUGUUUCCCAGUGGAGUGAAACUUUGCAGUCAGGAGACAUUAGACCAAGCUGUGUCCAACCAUCUCAACUACUUUCACCUUAGAGUGUGCCAGGAGACUGUCUGGGAAGCCUUCAAGAUAUUCUGGGACCAGCUGCCAGAGCGUGACCAGUACCGGGACUGGGUGGGCCGCUGCAUGAAUGGCUCCAUUAACAUCAAAGAGAUAGGCACGUUCUUCAGUCAAUCGGAGGCGCACCUCAGCCUCAUUAGGAGCAGAGUUGGCAUGGCAGCGCCUAUGAGCAGUGUUCCCAUCAACUCAGGCCCACCUCUGUGCAGUUCACAGAAUUUGCCAGGGAUUCCAGUUGGAGGACUUUUGAUCAACAGCCAGCCAGAAACACCUCCCCAUAAUCAAGAAGCCCCGGGUUGGACACCCUCGCCCUCUACACAUGAAGACGUCCUUGAGGGAGAAUUAACAGAGACUCCUGUGGAGUUGACCUAUGACUCUGUUGUCGCUGCUGUGCCAGGCGAAGCGGUAGGCUGUGGCUCCAACGUCGCAGGUCACUCUGACAAGACCACUAAGGUUCCUCUUGAUUCUAUUGUAAAGCUUAUCUCUAAGCCGACUACCCAGGUUCCACAAGAGGAUAGUAGUGCAGGGGUCACUGCUUUAACAGAGGAAUAUUUUUCUGAUACAUUUCAACCAGACGUGAGUGAAGAAACACAUUUGGAAAAAGAAAUACAUUCCAUGAAAUAUCUAACUGAAGUUGUGGAUAGUACAACAAGCAAGGAAGAGCCAUCGUUGGCUACUCAGGAGUUUGUCAAAUUAGUUGAUGAGGUACAAGAGGAAGGACCUGUUGAAGGUAUAGAAGAACGAGAUUACAGUCCAACUGAAGCACCCAUUGAACCUACAGAGGUAGAGAUUAGCCGAGAAAAUGUGGAAGAAGCGCAACUUUCAAUUGAUUUGAAGCUCAGGGAGGAAACAGACCUUUCGGGAGUAAAAUCUAUGGGAACUGAAAUUGAGGGUGAUUCUUUGGAGGGAACAGAUGACAUAACAGGCCUCACAGCAGGAGCCACAUCAGAAGAAUCUGAACCUGAAAUUGCAAUAAAGGCCAUUCAAAAGAACACUGAAAAGUCACAUCCUGAGUCGAUUGAAGAUGCAAGUCCAGUUAUUUCUCUGGAAAGUUGGGAAAAAAUAUUUCCAGGGACUAAUUCAGAGGACUCAACAGUGAAGGUGGAGUUUCAGGAAGAAUUAGAGGAAGGACAGCCAUCAGAAAUGCCAAUGCAGAGUUCUCCAUCUGAAGCUGAUAGCGCAGGUGAAACAGGAGUUUUUUCUGAAGUUGGGGAAGAGCUUCUAGGUGAAGAGCCUGGACCAGACAUCUCUUCUGAGGAUGAUGACCCCAAAGAAAAUGUCCAGACACCUCCCGCAGAGGUUAUCGCUGAUGAAAACCAGUCUAUCUUUCCCGAUGCAGUGAUGGGAGAAGGAAUGCAUACUGAUGCCCCAUUCCAUGAAACAGUUGUUAAAUCCACUGUUGUUACCAGUACGACAGAUGAGGCCACACCAGGGAACAUUGUGCAAGCCACCACAACGUACAUUGUGGAAUACAACAAUGGCAACUUCCCAGAUACCACAGAGCCACCCCUGAAGGCCGAUAGCAACUUACUGAGUUUCCCCUUUGAAGACCAGGAGAACUCACUUCAUAAUGAAAUCGAUGACACCUUCCUACGGCCUCUGAAGGACCAGAUGGUGGAACUAAGCAUUACCUUGAGAGAGGAAUCCUACAAUGGUGCCUUGAGAGAUCCAAGUAGCGUCCACUACCAGCAACUAGUUCGGCGCUUCACCCGCAGGGUUAGAGAAGCCUUUGAGAAACUGCCAGGCUUCAAGAAUGUCUUUGUCAUUGAAUUCAGGCCUCAAAAGGACCUGGAAAGGGGUCUGGUGGUUCAUGUCCACUAUGCCAUUACUUUGGCGGUGGACAGUGAUGGCAUCUCCAAUGCUACGAUGGAUUUCAUCACGCUGCAGAACAAUCUGGUGGAAAAGAGCUACCCUGCCGCUGCCGAAGAGCCAACAGUUGUUUACACCAUCACCGACUUCCGCAACUAUAUCACAGAAGCUCUUCAUAAAGACAACUUCCUUACCAACAGCAGCAUGGAGGCAAACUCUGAGCUGCUGUUGCUGGAGAACGAUGAGAAUUUGUUAGCUCCCGGGAACCCAACUAGUCGGCCAGCUGAGUUUUAUGACAACAUGGAUAACGUCCUUGCUGCAGAGCGACCACCCGACGCACCGAGUCAGGAGAUGGAGAACAGGGAUACUUUUCUGAAGAAGGAUGACUUCCUUUUAGACUCAUUUGACUUGAGGAAAGACACAAGGAAUGAAGCGGUGAGCGAAAAUGACGUUUUCAUGGUUGAUGAGAGUACAACAUUUCCAACAAUACCCGAGAGGAAUCCAAGCCUGCUGCCAAGCACUGGAAACUGUGAGUUAAUGGAUCUGAUGAAAAUCUUCUUUGAUGAUUUUUAUUCCAACUACUUCCACUCUCAGAAAACUAAGAACGGCCUCGAGGUCAUUAUGGAUUAUGGAUCUGGCUCUGGUUUCUCAGGAGACGGGCAGGAUGGAGUUCUUCAGGCUUGGGAACUGGAAGAUGACUUGUAUGGUGAAAGCCACCUGGAUGUCCUGCCGCCACCAGAUCUGGAAGCGACAGAUGAGGAUGAUGGAAUCCAGGAAGUAGGGGAAGUUCUUGGUCAAUCAAUAACCACCAAAGAGGAUGACAACACUGGUUUAAGUUCCACCUCCUCUACACCUUUACGCACACAUUCUACAUUAGAGGACUCUAAGCCAAUUGGAGACACAGAGAAUCCGUUCUUGGACCAGGUUUUAUUUACACCACACAUCAGCACAAACCCUCGGUUCUUUACCACUGAUCCACCGGUAUUUUCACCCAAAGGCACCUUGACAGUCGAGUUGUCGGUGCAGACAGUGGAGGCAUCUGGCCUCUAUGAGGAGUCUUAUAUGACACAGGACCACCGCAAUCAACACAACCUAGGUUUUGCACCAGAUGCGGAGGAGACGAGAGAAGUCACAAAAGCUUCAAUUUUGCAUGAAAACAUUGAAGCUGCAAGUCAAGAGUCAAGAAACAAAGGAAUCAUUACUACUCAGGAGCCUGACAAGACCACACAGGAGCUACCUUUCACAGAAGUUCCCAAUUUGCCACCUCCAGAUACUCACCAUGAUGAGGUUGAAGUGUUGGAGGAGCAAUUGAUUCCGUUCUCUCAACCAAAAACGCCAGUCGUUCCCAACUUUGAAGAAGAUCUAGCAAUUGACCAAAUCCUAGUUGUCACAACAACUGCUGCCACUACUCCUGUUAUCACUUCUUCUCCUGUUAGUUCAGACACUAACCCUAUUGCCCUUUCACCAGAGAAAGAUUCACCAUUCACUCGAGUGUCAGACUCGGCACCUGAAGACGAGGACUCACUUAAUCCUGAGCACUCCAACCAUGAAGAACAUGAUAUAUUCAGCACCGUGUCUUCAGAAGUCAGCGGGAAAAAAAGUCCUUCAGCGGAUGACGUUUUAGGAACAAAUUUGGAAGUCUUUAAAGCAGCAACAGUUAUGCUUCCAGAACUCACUAACAGUACAGAAGCAAGUGAAAUCAUGGCAGUCAAGCGCAAUGUCUCUGAUGUGACAGGCAUUAAUGUGAGCCUUGACGUGUUUCAGCAUAGCAGCAUGGUAACGGAAAGUGACAGCAGUGGCUAUUCAAGUGGGGCACAGGGUUCAGAGCUGGAUGCGAUUGCAAUGCCGACUAGACCUAUUCAAGCCCUGACGGUGUUCUUCAGACUUCGGGUUACCAACAUGGCGUUCUCCAUGGACCUUUUCAACAAGAGCUCCCCUGAAUACAAAGCACUGGAGCAACGGUUUCUACAACUGCUAGUUCCAUACUUGCAGUCCAACCUAAACAACUUUCAGAACUUAGAGAUCCUCAACUUCAGAAAUGGCAGUAUUGUGGUCAAUAGCCGUAUGAGAUUUGGAAGACCAGUUUCCAAAGGAGUUGCCAACGUUGUCUUCCUUAUCCUUGAGGACUUUGCUAACACUGCCUACCAAACCAUGAACCUUGCCAUUGAUAAGUACUCUCUGGAUGUUGAAUCAGGGGACAAAGCGGAUCCGUGCAAGUUCCAGGCAUGUAACGCUUUCUCACAGUGUAUGGUGAAUCGGUGGUCUGGCGAGGCUGAGUGUGUAUGCGACGCCGGGUAUCUGAGCGUGGACGGCCUGCCAUGUCAGAGUAUCUGUGAUGUGCAGGAAGACUUCUGCCUCAAUGAUGGCAAAUGUGACAUAAUUGCUGGCAAGGGCGCCAUCUGCAGGUGUCGUGUAGGAGAAAACUGGUGGUACCGCGGCGAACACUGUGAGGAGUACGUCUCCGAACCACUGGUGGUUGGUAUUGCCAUCGCCUCUGUUGCAGGUUUCCUUGCUGUGGCUGCUGGGAUUAUCUUCUUCUUGGCCAGGACCCUACGUGAGCAGUAUGACACCGAGGACAUGGAGGAUCCUUUGAGACAAAGUGAAAGCGUACCAACACUGGAACGUGCCACUAAAUUUAAUCCUAUGUUUGAGAGCGACCCUGUCACAACUCAGUAUUACCGCCGCUAUGACGACGACCUACCCCAGUACAGCAGCCCCACUGUCACAUCAAAUGAGCUCAGUAGCGAGGAGGUCCGACACAUCUACCAGAACAUGGCGCUCACCAAAGACGAGAUCCAGGAGCGUCUAAGGAUUAUCGAGUUGUGCGCCAGGGAUCAACAUUUUGCGGACUUUGUGCGUCAGACACAAGUAUUCCUGGAACGACGGGGCAGCUCCACCACAUAA